AUGGAUGCAUUGUUGAGGGAAGUGUCGGACCCUUCGCGGGAGUGCAAGCGGUCCGCCAUGUCAAAAAUUCUCAAGGCGCGCCAGAUCAUCAAAUGGUUUGAGGAGCACAGCGAUAGCAACCAGUGGAUUGUGGUGCUUGGUCUGUCAACAACACCAAUUGACACAGUCACAAGCGACCGCAGCGGUCUCGCGGAAAUCACAUACCGAUUUCAAUGGGAGGGAUUUACCGGGCUUAUCAAAGUCGUCCCCACAGCCGAACAUGAGAUCGUCACGGAUGAGUUCGUUGAAGCAGUUCGCGAUCAAACAGGAUCAUGGGCAUCUCUAGCAGGAACUCGGCCUGGGCUGGAUCCAAAACUUACCGAUCCGGGAGGAGUAAGGGUAAAGAAGCAUACGAUGCCUAUUUCCCCUGCUCUCGUUGCCCUCGACCGACUCGAAACUCUGGCUACCCAACACUUGUUAUCGAAAAGUCACAACGCAAUGACUGCGCGCAUCAAGGGAUGUUUCACGGGGGCUAAUAUCCGCGAAAUCUUCGCCAUUGCUGAGUUGGGGCUCUCAUGGACUUCCCCUUCGUUGCAAUCGAGGAUCGUCCCCCAGGUCCAGGACAGCCCCGGCCAAGAAAUACGGAGUUGGGAGGGGAAACGUGGUCAGCCUGGAAAGAAAUUCACUGCCAUUGCGCAGGUGGCGAUCUUCAAUGCGGCGUGGGAGUCGAAGCUGGUCGGGUUCGAGAGCGAGGCCCAGACUAUGUGGCCCGCGCAGCUAACUAGCUUCGGUCUCUUCACGACGCCACCACCGCUCAGCAAGGACAACACAUACCUCCGACAGCAGAUCCAGGCGGCCCCAGACAUCUCCCACGAGCUAACCCAGCAGCAAGUGCGGGAUGCCACUUAUCUCAAGGAGCUGAUAGCAGCCAAGGCCGACUACGAGGGGAAAUUGGCGAAGGCAACAUCGGAAUUCGAGGCAGAGGUAGAGACCGCGCUGGCCCAGCAGCGUGAGGUGGCCGAGAGAGCGGCGCAGGAAGCGGCCUCGGAGGGAGACAUUGUUAUUGGGCCACAAGACUUUGAUGAGAUAACGGCGUCGUUGCUCUGA